AUGUCUAUGGCUCUUUCUGACUUCUAUUCUUCUACAAAUGAUACUUCUCAUAGGAGGAGGCUGGUUCUCCACAUUAGAGACUCCCAAAGGGACAUUACUGAUGCAGCUUCUCAAGCUGCAGAUCUAAUUCAAAAUGUUGGAGUUCAGGCCAUCGUAGGACCAUCAACGUCAUUACAAGCUAUUUUCAUGGCUGAUAUAGGGAACAAAGCUCAGGUUCCUAUUAUUUCUUUCACUGCUACAAGUCCUUCAGUUUCUACGUCUCAAAAUCCGUAUUUCAUUCGAACAACACAAAGCGACUUGUCCCAGGUAAAUGUGAUUGCUGAAUUGGUUAAAACAUUUGGAUGGAGAGAAGUUGUACCCGUAUACGAGGACACGGAGGAUGGAAAAGGAGUCAUGCUAGAUUUGAUCGACUCAUUCCAAGCCAUCGACACCAGAGUUCCUUACAGGAGCGUAAUAUCCACUUCAGCUACCGAUGGUGAAAUUCUAAGCGCACUUUACGAAUUAAUGGCAAUGCGGACUAGGGUGUUUGUUGUGCACAUGACACCGGCCCUUGGAAUACGUGUUUUUCAAAAGGCAAAAAUGAUUGGGAUGAUGAGUAAAGGGUACUCAUGGAUCAUUACAGAUGGGUUAGCUAAUUACUUGGGCUCAUUCAAUUCUUCUGUUAUUGAUUCUAUGCAAGGAGUAUUGGGUGUAAGGCCAUAUAUUCCAAGCUCAACAGAGCUUGACGAAUUUCGAGCUCGAUGGAGAAAGCAGUUCUUUCUAGACAAUCCAGGAAUCGAAAACGUGGAGUUAAACAUUUUUGGUUUAAGGGCUUAUGAUACAGUUCGGGCACUAGCAAGUGUCCUGGAGAAACUUGAUAAAAUAUCAAGUAUUUCAAAGAUUGGUCCUAAGCUUUUGCAGCUAAUUUCCAGGACAAAAUUUUAUGGCCUUGGUGGCGACAUCAAUCUCAUCAAUAGGGAAUUGCAAUCGAACACCUUCCAGUUGCUUAAUGUGAUUGGAAACGGGGGUAGAGAAAUUGGUAUUUGGACAGCAUCGAAUGGUAUUUUACGUGACUCAAGCAGUUUAAUUACUACCAGAGAAAAUUCUUUUUUCUCGCCUAGAGAUAAUUUGCGCGUUAUAAUAUGGCCUGGAGAAUCAACUGUUAUUCCCAAAUGUUGGGUUGUUCCAGAAAUGGGAAAAAUGUUGAGGAUUGGAGUUCCAGUGAAACGGGGUUUUACGGAGUUUGUAAAAGUAACAAGGAAUAGCAGUUACAACAGCUCUGCUCAUGUCACUGGAUACUGCAUAGAUGUGUUCAAAGCUGUAAUAGAAAUGCUACCAUAUCCUGUUUCAUAUGAAUUUGUCCCUUUCGCGAAGGCUGAUGGCACGACAGCUGGAACUUACAAUGACUUGAAUUAUGAUGCAGUGGUUGGAGAUAUUACAAUAAGUGCAAAUAGAUCGACCUAUGUCGAUUUCACGUUGCCUUAUACCCCAUCAGGGUUUUCGAUGAUUGUUCCGCUGAAAGAUCACACGAGCAAUAAUCCAUGGAUAUUACUGAAGCCUUUAAACUGGGAGCUUUGGGUAGCCAUUACAGGAUUUUUUCUCAUGACUUGGGCAAUGACUUGGGCUCUGGAACGUGAAGAAAGUAAUCCAGCUUUUCAAGGGGGAGCUUGGAAUCAACUGGAAACCAUGUUUUGGUUCUUUUUCUCGACACCGGGUUUUGCAGAUCAGAAAAGAGUGCAUAACGGUAUGGUGAAAGUUGUCUUAAUCGUAUGGGUUUUUGUUUUGGUCCUGCUCAGUUCAAGUUACACGGCCAGUUUGACAUCAAUGUUGACAGUUCACCGGCUUGAACCUACUGUUACAGACGUACAUGAACUAAUCAAAACUCGCCAAAAUGUUGGUUACCUAGAGGGAACAUUUGUAUACACAAUGUUAAAAAGGAUGGGAUUUUAUGAAUCUAAUCUGAAACCUUAUAUCUCUACCGAAGAUUUCAAGGAAGCUUUCACAGAAUUGAGAAAUAUGGAGGAUCGUAUUGUCUCUGCUUUUGAUGAAGCACCUUAUAACAAACUCCUCCUUGCAAAAUAUUGUCACAAGUAUGCCUUAGUUGGACCAAUGUACAAGACGGAAGGAUUCGGCUUUAUAAGUUAUUUCUAA